UUCUUCACUAAGUGGUUGAACUGGCUGCUUGAAAGAUAUCUCCACUCUACUGAGGAGCCUGGGCUGAGGUUUUCCUAAGCUUUCCCUCAGUUACACAUGAAGAGUGAUCUUUGUCAGAGAGCAGAGAGCCAGCCAGCCCAGCAGUGAAAUGAGAAGAGGACAUUGCUCUUGACAGGUGUUUAAUUGCCAAGAUGCUGUUCCAGAGGGUCUCUCGGGGGGUUGUCACCAUAGCUUCCGGUUCCUGGACCAAAGUGACCUGCAAGUGCUGCUUCACUGAUGCUGUUCGGCCGCUGCUGGUGAUUGAGCUGAACAAGGAAGUUCGGCUAGAGACCAAACAAUGGAUCAUAUCCAAGAUAGAGGCUCCAGCUAAUAAACAAGGGGCUCAGCUACUGGCUCACCCUGGCGAGGAUGACGAUGGUGACAUGAUCCUAGUCGCUGCACCUUCCUGCACACUCCUGAGGAAUGCUGAGGCCCUGGGGCUUUCCAAACCCUACCGUGAUGGGACCAUGCUGGCCUUCUCAUACCCGGACAGAGCCAGCUUCAAAAACGCAGACAAUAUUGAAGAGCUCCUGACUCUGGCAGAACAGCAAUACAUUGCUAAAAACGAGCUGGAUGAUUUAAAAGCUGGCACUAAUGAGUCGAUCCCUGGCUGUUCCAAGGACAAAGGGAGUCUGUACCCUGGAGAGCCGAUAUUUCAGAAGCUGGAGAAGAGCGGAAUAGUGAAGACUAUGUACCCACUGCAUGACAAAGAGAAACUGAGCGCCUUCUCAGAACAGUGGUACUCUCUGUUUAGUUCUUGGGAGCUGCCGUUAGAUUACAUCCACUCCUAUUUCGGUGGGCCUGUGGCUUUCUAUUUCAGUUUCCUGGGCUUCUAUACCGUCUCACUGUUGCUCCCUGCUGUUCUGGGUGCCAUACUGUACUUCCUUCCCUGGCACUCUGUGAAUGGCCAUGUCCUGUUGGCCAUCUUCAAUGUGGUUUGGUCCACAGUGGUCCUGGAACUAUGGAAGAGACGGAGUGCAGAGCUCGCUUACGGUUGGGGGACCCUGUUGCUUAACAGCACCUUCGAAGAGCCGCGACCCAACUACCGGGGCACCAUGGGACACAACCCAGUAACGAAACGCUGGGAGCCGUACUUCCCCAGUGCUGAGCGGAAGAGAAGGAUCUGGUUUGUGUCCACCCCUGUGGUGUGUGCCUUCCUGUGGCUCACAGUGAUGGGGAUGGUGGCCUACUUUUACUUAGAGUGGUGUGUGAAGGAUUAUUACAGCCGAGAGCCCUCGUGGCUCUCUUUGCCUCUGCUGUACCUUCCCUCAGUGCUGCACAUACUGUACGUGGACUUCAUGAACAAUGUCUACAAGACAGUGGCACACAUGCUGACAGAGUGGGAGAAUCACAGAGUGGAGUCAGACUUCCAGAAACACUAUACUCUGAAGGUUUUGGUGUUUAGCUUCAUCAACUGUUUUGCUGUAUUGUUUUAUAUCGCCUUCUACAAGCAAGACCUGGAGCUGCUCAGAAAGAGGCUGGCAUCCCUGUUGAUUGUCAGUCAGAUAAUAAACCAGGUUACAGAGGCGCUGGUGCCGUACCUGCUGGAGAGAUUUUUCCCGAGCCAGGGGACGAAGCAGAGAGAAGCUGACCCGCAUAUUGACAAGCUCCGUGCCCAGAGCUGCCAGUCGGAAUACCCUGGGUUGUUUGCUGAGUACAUCGAGCUCUUUGUGCAGUUUGGCUACCUCAGUCUCUUCUCCUGCGUGUACCCGCUCACAGCAGCCCUGCUCUUUCUCAACAAUGUGACUGAGAUCCGCACUGACGCUCUGAAAUUGUGCAAGCUCUUCAGAAAGCCCUUUGUGGCUCCUGCUGCCAACAUCGGGAUCUGGCAGACAGCGUUUGAAGCCCUGGGGUUUGUGUCAGUGAUUUCCAACUGCUGGCUCAUCCUCAUCUCUCCUCAGGUCAAAGGUUACUGCCAAGAGAAUGGGGUUAGCUUUCGAAAUGCCCUACUCUGUGCCAUUGCUUUGGAGCAUGUACUCAUCAUUCUGAAGGUUGUUAUAGCGUUUGUGAUUCCAGACCUCCCCAGGUGGGUGAGGAUAAAAGUUGCUCAGCUUGAAUUUCGGAGUCGCCAAGCUCUCAAAACAGUUGCCUAAAGCCAUCGGUACACUUACAUAAGGAGAUUCAAUCCUGGAUUCAUAUAAAAUGACGCUUCAGAGUCCUGUGUGGUUCAGCCACUUCACACAAUGGGAGGACUGCCAUUCAGCUUGCUUUUUAAUGGGGAGUCAAUGGCAAAAGACUGUUCUUGAUUCCUAAUCUGAAAAACAUGUUUGCUGCCCUGGAACAAGAACUUUACAAUCAAGACCAUUCCUGAAGUCAUCUGUUCAAUCUAAAACCCAACACACUGCCUAAUGAUGGCUCGUCCAUAUCAAUGGAAGCUAAGAUCUGUCACUUACAGGGCUUGAUGGGCAUUCAGCAGCAAUGUCUAUAUUCACUCGGAGAGAUUUAAUGACUCUCAUGACAGCUUUUAGAUUUUAUUUUUUUUAAUAUAGCAUUGUGUUAGAGAAGAUACAUACAGGAGGUAAAGGUACUUGAGCAAGGUACUUUACCUAGAUUGCUCCAGUAAAAAACCCAACUGUAUAAAUGGGUAAUUGUAUGUAAAAAUAAUGUGCAAGAAAUAAUGUAAUUGUAUGUAAAAAUAAUGUGAUAUCUUGUAACGGUUGUAAGUCGCCCUGGAUAAGGGCGUCUGCUGAGAAAUAAAUAAAUAAAUAAAUAAAUAAAUAAAUAAAAAA